AUGGCAGCCAGAAGAAGACGACAAGGCCCUCCACAGGCUCUUGCGCCUCCAGGACCCGCAGAUACUCGUCAUAUACCUCCUCGUCCAGGCACCAUGUCUGUUCUGUCACGACUUGGAUUGCCAACAGCAUCUUCAACGUCUGGAGGAGGUCCCUCUGCUCCAAUAGAUAGAGAUGGCGACUUGAUGAUGGGCGGCGCUCCCAACACCGGCUCCUCCUCAAAGAGAUUUACACCAUAUGGAAAGAAAGGAAUACGUCGAGUCAAUCAACCUCCAAGAAUACAAGUCGCUAAUGGUCCACCACUCGCUGUAGCUCUGACAGGCCAUACUGGUGGAGCAGAAGAAGCUCUACUGCGUUUUGUAAAAAAUAGAGCCGACGCCGACGCAGAGGUGGUCAUGUCAGAUAUUCGCCAUGAUGGCAAAACAAUGUACUUUCACGUCAGGAAUCAGACAGAGUUUGACGUACUCAAAAAGUUGAAUGGAAUACGUUUUGCUGGUGAUAAGCUACUUUUCAGAACUGUCGAUUCCUUGGCCCCAAGAGCUCAAACACAACCUGGUCAACAUAUUGCACUGUUGGCACAAGUAGUACGGUCGAGAUACAAUGCAGAGGCUCUGUUUCUCGACUUGUCCAACAUAGAUGUAGACCCCACUCUAGUGCAGGCGGGACUGUCAGAACAUCGAGCUGAGAGCUCCAAGAUUUGGCCAGUGAUAUGUAAACUCAUAGGCGAAAGUUGCCCUCAAGUACAGACUAUAUCAUUCGCAUCCAACAAAUUCCGAACUCUGGAACCAGUCUCGAAACUACCAGAGUACGUGCCCAAUAUAGCGGCUCUAUCAUUUGAGAAUAAUCCGAUCGAUCGUUACCGAGACCUGGAGUUCUUAAAAGGUGCCGAUCUGAAAUCACUCCGAGAAGUCUGCUUUUUGGAAACUCCUUUACGAAAAAAAGAGCUGGCAUCAUCUGGUGGAGAUCUCAAAUAUCGAAGUAAAAUCACUGCCAUCUUUCCAACCAUCAACAUGUUGGAUACACAGCCAAUUCUCUCUGAAAUCUCCUUUGACACUGCAGAUUCUGAAGGGUCACAACUACCUAUAAAGCCGGGAUUCUUUGAUUCGGAAAACACGCAAAAUGCAGCAAAUGACUUUUUGCAACGUUUUUACCAUCUACUCGAUAACAACCGUAAUGGAUUGGUGGACUUGUAUGACGAUACAGCUGCCUUCUCGUAUGCUAUAGAUGAUUCGCCUCCUCCAACAUCAGUUCAGCCGAAUAGAAAGAGCAAUUGGGGUGCCUGGAAUGCCAACAAUCGAAAUCUUCGAAAGGACACGAAUCCAGAAAAACGAGUCAAUCUGAUUCACUUUGGCUCUGCUUCCAUCAUGGGGGUUUUGUCAAGAGUACCUCAAACAAAGCAUGAUCCUACGAAAUGGCUGGUAGACGCGUUUCAGACAUCAAGUCCAGUGAUGCUCUUUUUAACUAUACAUGGAGAACUGGAAGAAGUUUCAAAUGCAUGGAAACGAAGCUUUGAUCGAGUAUUUGUCAUAAUCCCCGCAGCUAGUGGAUCUAGAGCUGCAAAUGCUGGCUUUCCAUAUGUCAUCAUGAAUGACCAAUGGACGAUUCGAACAUGGCGAGCAAAUCCUUCUUGGAAGAGCGUCGUAGCCCGCCAACCACCACAUGUUACCACGUCAGUACCACCACCUAUAGCAGGACCAAUAGUACCCGUAGUGUCUGCAAUGACAAUGGCGUCGCCUGGAAUUUUGGCCCAUCGCGCCCAGUAUGGCAUAACUGACCCUCAGCAUAAUGUGGUUGUGACGCUGGCAUCACAAACGGGUCUCAACUACCAGUUCGCCUGGCAGUGUCUAGUUGAAACAGGAUGGGAUAUGGCACGAGCUGUGGAGGCGUUUACAAAGAUGAGAGCCGACAUUCCUUCUGAGGCUUUUGAUCCCAUAUAA